GUGUGCAACAGGAUCUGUGAUGAUGAGGCGGAGAAAGGCGAGGAGCAGGGGACAGGAACUUCUCGGUGGAGGAGAUUGGAGGGGUAAAGGAAAGGAAAAAAAAGCGGGAAGAUGGAUUGACCGAGGGAGCUCCAUUGGCGAUGAUUUGUACACAAACUGGGAAGGAAAAUGGGAGUGGAAAAGGAGAGGGAUAAUCGUCCCCGAAUCCACAUGGCUACACGAGAAAAAGAGGCAAGAGCACUAGAGACCCACAAACUUGCAUUGGAUGUGAUGGUUUAGUCCACAAACUUGCAAAAGGUGAUUAACUAGUCCACAAACUUGCAAACUAUGUGAUGGUUUAGUCCACAGCCAAUCAGAGACGGCCAAUUGGCGCCUAGCUAGCUGCUGCGUGGCACAUCUGGUCUGACCGGCGAUUUUGCAGAAAACCCCUCAACGUUUCUGGAAAUCACGCCCGCGGUCCCUGCUGUACUUGUCUUCUUUAUCCCUGUCCAAAUCCCUAGCUCUCUCUUAUUUUCCCCUUUCCCCUGUCCAAAUCCCGACGGCGAGAGAAUGAGAGCGUCCGGUGGCGGCGGCGGCGAGAAGCUGAGCGGUGGCUUACGAUCCCAUGGAGUAGGCGUCGACGCCGACGGGUUCGUGGGCGGCGGUGGGCCUGGAGAACCUAGCGCCAGGGUCACUGCAGUUCUUGACUUCGGUGGCAAGAAGGAGUGGGCUGGGGAAAGGGAUGGCAGAGCAAUGAAGUUGGAGGCCAGGAUUAAGGAUCUAGCCAUGAAGAACAUGGAGUUGGAGGCCAGGAUUAAAGUACUUGAAGCAGAAACUAAAAGAAAUGAGAAAGAAAAGAGAGCAAUUGUCAAGAUGCAGAAGCAAAGAGAGCAAUUUAGGGAUAAGAUUUUUUGUUUUGGAGCUCUUCUGUAUGUUGGUCUGUUUGCCAUUCUGCUAGCUGUCAUUGUUAGCAAGUAGGGUGUUUUUAGUGU